ACAAAAAAUUCUGGACAUGCGUGGCACGUCAUUCCAGUGCAAAAAGUUAACGCGAUUUCUAAAAUAGAGAUCAAAUUUUUGGCUUGUUGCAGGCUACGCAAGUUAACGUUUUUGCUCCUAGAUAGAAUGCAUGCAUGUUAAUUAAUUCUGUAGUAAAUGCGUGAUUUUCAUUAAAAAGCUAACCUAACCUAACCCACGGCUCAUUUUUUUGAUCAUAAAAUUCUGAUCAAUAACCCCUUCGCAAUAUCGUGCAAAAUUCGUCAAACCGGUAAGAACCACGGAAAUAAUAAAAAACCUAAUCUAAAUCUAACCAAUGGCUCAUUUUCUGAUCAUAAAAUUCCGAUCAUUAACCUCUUCGUCUACGACAUCGUGUGGGACUCGUGGUAAGCAAGUCGAACCAAAUACAACCACGGGUGAGGGUCGUGGUUUGUAGAUCGGACCAAACGUGAACAACACGUGUCGCGUUCGUGGUUUGUGGAUCGGACCAAACGCAGAUAAUACGAGCCACGCUCGUGGUUGUCACCGAUGUUUUUCUGUCUCGCUUUCGUAUUACUCUUGGCCACGUCGCACGUUCAAAAGUAUUUUCUUAAAAACACUAAAAAAAAAAAAGAGCUCUUGCACAAUGUAUUCAAAAAGAAAAUUUAGCGUCGAUGAGGAGAGUGAAAGUUGUGCAGAUGAUGAUAUAAUAGAUGUUUUUAGUAGUGAUAGUGACAGUAGUUAUAUAUUAUUUCCUGAACGAAAACGUUCGAGGCAGCUGGUUAUUGAAGACGACACCGACGAUGAAGAUUACGUUAAUCAAACACUAUCAGAUGAAUGGGUUUGGAAAGAAAAAGAUAAUAAACCAAAGAUCUGGAAUUACACGGAGAUUCCUGGCGUAAAAAUGGCAACCUUAUCUCAGUUAAGUGAAAACAAAAGAGAGCUAGACGUUUUUAAUGUAAUAUUUGAGAAUGUGUUUUGGGAGAAUAUUGUAACGGAGACGAAUCGGUACGCGGAACAAAUAAUAAACAAUAAGAAUAAAAAACGAAAAAUCGACGAAACUUGGGUCCCUGUGGACUGUGAUGAAAUAAAAAUAUAUUUUGCAUUAUGUAUAAUAAUAGCUCAAGUUAAAAAACCAACAAUUCAAAUGAACUGGUCCAAGAGGGCCAUUAUAGAAACGCCAAUAUUCAGGAAAACGAUGCCAUUGAAAAGAUUUCUGCAAAUAACUAGAUGCUUGCAUUUUGCAAAUAACGAUACAACUGAGGGUACCGAUAAACUACGUAAAAUGAAACCUGUGACAGAUUUUUUUAAUAAAAAGUUUAAAGAAGUGUAUACAAUGGAAGAGGACAUUGCCAUCGACGAAUCUCUAAUGAAAUUUAAGGGACACAAACCUUAUAAAGAACAUAGUCCAUCGAAAUCGAAAGUUGGUAUAAAAUUUUGUAAAUUGUGUGAGUCACAAUCAGGUUAUUGUUAUGACUUCAAAAUAUAUAUAGGUAGUGAUCAAAUAAAUCCUGAUGACAGUGCAUCUGAAAGCGUUCUCAUGGAACUGUUGCAAUCAGUGUUGCACAAAGGACACACUUUAUACUUUGAUAAUUGGUGCUCUUCGCCAGAACUGUUUAUAACUUUAGUCAACAGUAAAACUAAUGCCAUUGGGACAGUACGUUCUAAUAUUAAGAAUAUGCCAAGAGAUUUUGUUAGAGCAAAAGUAAAAAAGGGAGAAUAUAAAGUGAGAAGCUGCAAUGGUAUAUUAGCAUUAAAAUGGAAGGAUAAACGAGAUGUUCACAUUAUUUCAACAAAGCACGAAACUGCAGAGAUGACUGAACAAGGCAAAGGCCAAUUCAAUUCUACUUCAAAACCAAAAUGUGUUAUUGAGCAUAAUAAAGGAAUGGUUGGAAUUGAUCGCCAAGAUCGAAUGUUGGCGUGCUUCCCUGUUAUGAGAAAAUAUACAAAAAAAUAUCGAAAAGUAUUCUUUUAUGUAUUUGACAUGGCACUCUUUAACUCGUACAUUUUGUUCAAAAAAAUAAAUACAGAGAAAAAACAGAGUUACGCUGAAUAUAGAAUUGAAAUAGCCGAGUCAUUAUUGAAAAAUGUGCCCUUACCCGAGUAUAAAGGACGUGGGCGAUUAUCGAACGGAGAUUCACCGCAGAGACUGCACGCGCAACAUUGGGGUCAUUUUCCCAAGCAUAUAGAUCCAACACCAUCGAAGCAAAAGCCAUCAAGAGCUUGUAAAGUUUGUGCAAAACAUAAGAAGCGCAGUGAAACCACGUGGGAGUGUAAAACAUGUCAAAUAGCGUUACAUGUUCCAAAAUGCUUCGAAAGAUACCAUACGGUUGAAGAUUAUUAAUUUCCUAUAUCAUUUAGUAAAGUAAAUCAUUUUCAUUCACUGAUGAAUCGUUCGAAAUUAUUUCUCAAACAUCUUGCAAAAUUAAACCAGUUGUAUUACUUUACACAUGUAUUUGUGUACCAUAAGACAUGUGCGAUUGGCACAACUCUUACGUUAAAUGGCUUGACGCAUGUCCGAUUUUGUUCACUGUGUUACGCGCUGUUGGGACUCGUAGGGCAAGGAAUUGUUCAACGACUCGAGAGAUGAGAAUGCUUGUCUGGUACAGGACUAUCCGACCUUGAUAUAUUGACACAAUGGCGUAACAUGAUUGCUGGGAUUCGAAAUGAGACCUCCAUCGAAAACAGUCAAAUGAAUAUACAUGUAUACAUGUAUACGCGCUCAGUGAACGCUGCUACUCACUUUCUGUUGCCUGAGACUUUCUUCCUCUUCUGUUCAACGAGGGAAUUUCAACAACGCGUGUCACAUUCUACAAAUCGGAUACUGUUGCUCCGGACGAAUAAUAAACUCGAACAAAGCGAAACAACAUACGCAUGCUUCGCGCAAAGCCUGCGCCGCUACUGAACGCAAUUCUCAACUUUGACUCUCCUCUGCCUUAUUUCUUCGUUCCAUGAUGCGUAUGCUCAAUGUGCUAGUGAAUUUGAUCGUAACGUAAACGGCUUGCAUGUAUCAGUGUAUAUACCGUUCAUUCCAUCAUCUGUCGUUUUUUUUUUUUUUUUAAAGCAUAAGAUGAUUCUAAUUUUAUGUAGAUUGGAAGUUAAAUAAAUAAAAAACAUAUCCCCUUU